AAAUUGUGUACACAUGAGGAGAAUUUUAAAAACUGUUUGGAUUUGUGAGGAGAAGCUUAAAUGCUGAUUAUUACUAAUGAGCAAAAAUAUCGCCUCAAAUGAUUUGAUUGCAAUACGAAUCUGGAAUGAUUGCUGAAAUCACCAAAAGGGAAUAGACGAUGAAAAAAAGAUAAGAUGAUAACUGAUAUGGACGUUCAUUUGAUAAUGAUGAGUUCACACAAAUGGUCAAUGAAAAAAGAAACAUUCAGCAAAAAAAGGAAAAGUGAUAUUUAAGUAAUUGCUGUUAAUCAGCGAUAAAAAGGAGAAGAAGAGCUUAAAGAGUCAUUGGAAUGUUGAGGAAAUGGCAAAAGCUUCAAGGCAACCCGAUUGUUUCAUAUUUAGAAUCAGAAUUGGACAGUUGAAUUUACGGUUUAAAAUGUGCUUAGAUAAUGAAAGCAAAAAAAAGUGAAAUUGAGAAAGUCAAAUGUUUUCAGGGCAAGGUGAAAAUACAUUAAACUGAACUUUCACAUCAUACACAUCUUACAGAAUCAUCUCACUUUCUUUGAUGGAAGAUGAAGAUCGCCGGAAGAUUGAUUGAUCUCUUUCUUUUCGUUGUGUUUCUCCUCCAUCACCAUCAUCUUCAUCAUCUUGGCCAUCUUUACUUUUGCUUGUGUUACUGAUGUUCCAAUUAACUGGUUAUAAGUUGCAUUUAAAUUAACUUGAUAGCUGUUGAUAGCCUCAAGUUAAUAUCGUACACAACACACACACAAACACAUUUCCUUAUUGUGACGAAGUCGCAUCUUUAUCUUCUUUGGACCAUCCAACUUCACCAACAGCCUCACCGUCAGCAUCAACAUGAGUAACAUUUUUAAAAUUAGCGUUAGCCAUCAAUUGGUCCAAAAAAAUGGGGUAAGAGGUGGAUCACAGUUAUUUGGUUACACCAGAAAAUGGUUGGACCAUCUUUGUAUAAAAGCAAAUCGAAAUUCAAUUUGUAUCAACAGUUAUUCAUUAACAAUCAAGUGUUUUGGUUCAGUUUUUGUAAACAUCAGUUGAAUAAGAUUUAAUCUUAAUUUUUUCUUGGAAUUUUAUCCAUCAAAUAAACUUAGUGUACUAUUCAAGAUGUCUUUGUCUAAUCGACGAACUGGAUUAUCCAUCGCUUUCUUAGUUUUAGUUGUACUCCAAUUGGUUCUUGUUAACUACUAUGUUUCACAAGUUGAAGGUAGCCGAAGAAGGCUUCUUAAGAUUAAGAAACUUGCCGCUUUAGCUCUCCUCAUGAAACACUCAAAGAAAAAGAAGUUCGGAGUCUUACCAGUCCCAAUCCCAAUUCCUCUUCCCCUUGAAUUGGAAGCUAAAUCAUGGCCCAAACAAUCAUGGCCCGCUCCAUCAUGGCCUGCACCAUCAUGGCCAUCCGUACCUUCAUGGGAACCAUCAUGGCCUUCACAUGAUAACUGGGGUGCCGCAUCCUCAUACCAACCAAGUGCCUCAUACGGACCACAGCCCGCUUCUUAUGGAGCAGACUCUUACUCAGCUGGACCAGUAAACAAUUACGGUGGUGCUCCAUCAGGCUGGUAAAUAGACCAAUGUUGACAAUACAAAUUAGCUAACCAAUUUAACCGUACAAAACGCACAAUUAGACCAUUUUUUUGCAUCAAGCUCCUCUCCUAUUUAAAGUCCAUUGUAAUAUAUUUCACUUGUCUGUCUUGAAAAAACCUAAAUAUGUAGUCAUUUCGUUGAUUGUCGAGGUUGAACAAUCUCUUUUUUAUUGUGAAAACAGCGUCCUUACAUGGAUUUGCUGUUUACUUUUAAAAAGCAAUAUUGUAAUACAAACUCCUCGCUGGUAUGCAAUCAAUAAUGGAAACAAUGUGAAUUGACUAUCUACUGUCCCUUGUUCAAUUGUCACCCACCUUGAGUCCGAACCAUGUCUUAAUGUCGCCAAAUAAUUUAAUUCUAAAAAAACAAAAAUCUUUUUUAUUUUUAAUGUAAAAUAAAACUAAACAUUAAACAUAAAUCAAAA